AUGGAUGCAGACUCGAGUCGCUCUACCGAUGCUAGCAAGAGUGUUGAUCUAACAGAUCAUACUCUUACAAACUCUCGGGCUUCAGCUAAGAUAGAACAAGCUUCUACCUCUGAUAUUACCAGUCAUGGGAGUAUUGAGGAACAAUCCAACCCCGUCAAUCCUUCACCAUCUUCAGCGACACCUCCUAAAAUCAAGAAGCGCAUCACUCCUACUCUGAUCUCCGGCCCUCCCAAUCAUGAAAUCCCCACUCAGAAUAACCCAUCAAUCCCGUCCUUCUCCGCAGCACCCACCAGCCCCUAUAUUCACCAUCCACAACUCAACUUAUCAGAACAACAAAACCCAUUGCAAGAACAACAAAGCCAAAACACCACCCAACCAUCCCCUUCAAACCUAGCAAAACAUUUUCAACGUAUCGAUCUUCAGAACAAGAGGAAAGAUCCCAAUGCGCCUAAACGAGCCAUGAGCGCGUACAUGUUCUUUGCCAAUGCUCAUCGUGAGAGAGUUCGUCAGGAGAAUCCUCAGCUCUCGUUUGGACAACUUGGUAUAUUAUUGGGUGAGAAGUGGAAGGUGUUGAGUAUGGGGGAACGUAGCGUGUAUGAGGAGAUGGCGGCAAGGGACUUGAGAGGAUGCGAGGAGAAAUUUGCUGGAUAUCGUGGUUGA